AUGACCGCAUAUGCGAACACAAACACAUUCUACAUUUCAAUCUGGUUUUGGCUCAUUUUAGGUGUUGUAAGCUACAGCGGUUGGUCAAAACAUGUAUUAACUGUUCAGACUGGAGGAUCUGUCACCAUCCCAUGUCAUUAUGACAAGAAAUACACACAGCAGAAGAAAUACUGGUUCUCAGAGAUUGAUAAAUCUAAAACAUACACAAAUAAAACAGAGGAGAAUCUGUCAGUAAUUGAUCAUCCUGAUCAGAGUCUCUUUACUGUGACUAUGAGAAACCUGCAGGACAAACACACUGGACAUUAUUAUUGUGUUGUGGAGACCGGAGAACAACCACCGAUAAAUGUCAUAUAUGAGAAGCAGCUCAAGAUUCAAUCUGCUCCUGAUGUGUCUGUGGUGAGCAGCAGUGUAUCUGGACAUGAAGGUGGUGAUAUCAGUGUUCAGUGUCUCUACAGUUCUGGAUAUCAGAAUGAAGUCAAACGGUGGUGCAGAUAUAAAGAUCAGAGCUGUUACACAGUGGGGAGGACUGACACAUCCCAGAAUUCAUCAGUCCAGAUCAGUGAUGAUGAUGAUGGGGGAAGAUCCUUCACUGUGCUGAUGUCUGGACUGAGACUGACUGAUUCUGGCUGGUACUUCUGCUCUGCUGGAGAGGCACUGAAUCCUGUUCAUCUCAACGUAAUAGGAGGUGUAAGUGUGAGCACAGACGUCGGCAUUGAGAAGGACAGUUCAGGACCACAAACAGUAUCUGAUAUGGAGUCUGUACACAAGCCCUGUGUGCUUCUCAAAUACACCUCCAACACGGCGGAGGACCAGCAUCCUCAUUGGCUUGAUGAGGUGCCUGUUGGGGCUGCUGAUGCUGAGAUUAAUGGAGGGAGAAAGGAGCCAGAGAAAGAGGAGAAAAAAGAUGAAGAAGAGUUUCUGGAAGAAGCCCGCUCUCUGUGUCUGCAAAAUACAACCUGGAUCAGGCUGAGAAGAAGAACCGGCGUGAGACAGGAUCAUGUUGGAGAUUGA